UUAUGUUGUCUUCCUCAGACUGUGGGACGUCUUCAAGAAAGUCGGCUAUCUCUCGUCCCACGCAGUCCUGCCUGACAACCUGGCAGACUACAACCAGACAACCAUCAUCGGGGAACUCAAGUCCCAGUUCCGCAAGUUCCCGCUGAGUACAACCAACGGCCGCGCCCAGCAGCUGAAGAUGAUCAAGCGAGAUUAUGAGUCCCUGCCGAAACCAACCAUGGCCAAAAUUCUGGAGAAAUACGCCAUGGACUUUCAGUUAUUUGGUUAUAGCACACAGCUGCCGUCGGCAUGA